ACCAAUCAGUGCACCUCAAAGAGUCCUCUAUUGAAGCAGGAGCAGUCGAUCAUGUGCAACUUGUUGCCAUCUUGUUGUUCGCUGCCAACCAUGUACAGCUGGGCACCUGUCCAACAGAAUUUUAUGGUCGAAGAUGAGACGACUCUGCACAACAUUCCCUACAUGGGCGACGAUGCUCUCGAGAAAGACGGUGGCACUUUUAUAGAGGAACUUUUGAAGAAUUACAAUGGAAAGGUCCAUGGUGACAAGCUGGAAGACAUAAUGCAGCCAGAAGUAAUACAUGACCUAGAAAAUAGCAUGAACAACAGUGGCGGUGGCAAUAAGAAGAAAAAUGAUGAUGACGACGACGAUGAUGAUGAUGACGAUGAUAGCAAUUCACCAAAGAGUCUAGAUAAUAUGAGCAUAAACUGGCUGAAAAACUCGAUACAACAUAAAGAGACAGUUGAAAAAAUAAUCAAUUUCAUCUCAUUGACAUUUCCUACGAAAGGUUCCAAAUCUGUCCUGGAAAGAAGGUGGCUGAUGUUUUUUAUUUUAUUUAAAGAAAAUUAUAUAUUCAGUUCAUUAAACUUACAGUGCACUCCAAAUAUUGAUGGCCCAAACGCAAAAUCAGUCACCAGAUGUCAGACCAUGCACUCAUUUCAUUCACUGUUCUGUAGGAGGUGUUAUAAAUACGACUGCUUCCUACAUCGUAAGUAUGAUGACGAAAACGAUGAUGACAGUAACAGCAAUAGCAACAAUAACGUUAAUAACAAUAGAAAGCCAAAACUCAAUAGAAGUAAUUCUACAAAUAGUAUAAAACGCUGCUUCAAAAGACAUCGCAAUAUCAACAACAAUCUAAAUAAUAGAGAUGGGCGCUCUGGAAGGAAAAGGAAAAGAGAUGGGCAAGUCAGUAGUUCAGCCAGUACGUGCAGUGAGGAAAGUGAAGUUACCAAUGAGUUGUAUGAUUUGCCUCCUCCUCAGAAUACAACAGUGGACUGGUCCAAUGCUGAAAAGUCCAUGUUUAGAGCCCUGGUAAAUGUACUGUAUGGCAACUAUUGUGCAAUAAGCAGGGUGUUACAGACCAAGUCUUGUCUUCAGGUUUACGAGUUUGCCAAACUGGAGGCAGACUUUCUUCCCACUCCCAAUCUCGAGGCUGAUAACAAGGAACCAGCAAAGAAGAAGAAGAAGAAAAACAGAUCAAUCUGGACAAUGCACUUAAGAAAGACUCAAGUUAGGCGAGAUCCGACUGCUAGUCAUGCCCACAACUACAUACCAUGUGACCAUCCAGGUGUACGCUGUGAUGAGUCGUGCAGAUGUGUUCAGAUGCAUUUCUGUGAGAAGUUCUGCCAGUGCAGUGUCGAUUGUCCAAACAGAUUUCCAGGUUGUCGCUGCAAAGGACAAUGCAACACGAAACAGUGUCCGUGUUUUGUGGCCGUUAGAGAGUGUGAUCCUGAUCUAUGCCAGACUUGCGGGGCUGAUCAAUUUGACUUGAAAAAGAUUACAUGCAAGAAUGUUUGCGUUCAGAGAGGAAUGAAGAAGCAUCUGUUGUUGGCUCCCUCCGAUGUUGCUGGUUGGGGCAUAUUCUUGAAAGAAUCCUGUGAGAAAAAUGAAUUUAUAUCAGAAUACUGUGGAGAGGUGAUAACUCAGGAUGAAGCAGAUAGAAGGGGCAAAGUUUAUGAUAGAUACAUGUGCAGUUUUCUCUUCAACCUUAACAGCGAUUUCGUUGUUGAUGCCACAAGGAAAGGGAACAAAAUAAGAUUUGCCAAUCACUCCAUCAAUCCCAAUUGCUAUGCCAAGGUCAUGAUGGUAAAUGGCGAUCACAGAAUUGGAAUAUUUGCCAAAAGGGCAAUACAGGCUGGAGAGGAACUAUUCUUUGAUUACAGAUACGGUCCUACGGAACAGUUGCGAUUCGUCGGCAUCGAGCGAGACAUGGAAGUCAUACCAUGAAGUUACUAAUCAUUCGGUCAUAUAAUUACGUGAUUGCCUCGAUUUGACGCCGAUUGAUCUGUCACGUGAAACAGUCCUUGUUUGUUACCAGUGCUCACAGCAUAAUAAAUCAAUCAAUUAGUCAAUCCAUCCAUCCCAAAUUACUGUCAUCACAAAUGUCAACGUUAAUUUGGUGUGAAUUUAUGGAUGAAUGGCUAAUGCAUGUUUUGCAUAUGUGUGAUGUUUUGCAUAUGUGUGAGUGUACAUACAUGUAAAAUGUAACAUAGUAAAUGAAAAACAUAUGAAAUUAAUAAACUAAAGAGAAAAAAUUAUGAAGCAAACUUGUAAAUAAAACGACGGUAGUUUGUAUGUAGGUGUAUGGGUGCUAACGCGCUCGUAUGCAUGUACGUAUGCAAGAUUAUUAACAUGUACACAGAUGCCUUGCUAGGAAUGAUUAUAAUUAUUGUUUUUGCAAGAUAAGUUAUUAAAUUAACUGUUCAAUGUGUUACGUUAACACUUGUUUGUAUAAAAAAGACGUAUUUUUCCUUGAAGAAUAGUGUAUUCCUGUUUAAAGAUCAUUUGAUUUUACAUGUUUGAACAAUCUAAUCUACGUAAAAGCCCAUUGUACGAUAAAAUAUUACUUAAAUUUUCCUGCUGUUAGUAUCUAUCUAUUGUUCCCGAGUGCAGUAUUGUACUCGAUUCUAUGUGAGAAAUGGUUAUUAUGUUGAAAA